CCUAUACAAAUCGUGUUUCAGCCUGCAACUGCAUCCAAUUGUUUGUGGUUUUCAUGCGUUUUAUUUUGUGUAAUCAAAAUUUUUAAUUCUCCUGUAUUUAAUAAUUCUGUAUAGUAUUGUUGUAUUUAAAAAAAUCCUCACAAUGUAUGAUUUAACAGAAGGAGCGAUUAUAAAAAUAAUGAACGGUGUAAACGUUGAUAAACCGAUCAUUCAAGUUUUGGGUCAGAAGAAGCUCUCGAGUACGAGUAAUGUUGAGCGAUAUCGUCUUCUAAUUUCCGAUGGAAAACAUAUUAAUUCGUUUACAAUGUUGGCCACUCAAUUAAAUCAUUUGAUCACAGAUGGUACAAUGACGGAUUUUUCCAUUUGUCGAAUUACUCAAUACACAAUUAGCAAAGUUAACAACAAUGGUCAGCAGAAAGGUGUCAUGGUAAUUUUGGGAAUAGAAGUAUUAGUUUCCGGUUCUGAAGUAAAUCAGCAAAUUGGAAAUCCAACACAAUUCGAAAAUACUGGAACUAAAAUUGAGAACGCUCAAUCUGAAUCGAAACCAUCAAUGAAAACGCCAGUAUCGCAUAAUUCUGUAAAUACAACAGCGAACGACAGUCAAAUUAUGACAAAUCCAAUAUCAAGUCUCAGUCCUUAUCAAAAUAGAUGGGUCAUUAAGGUUCGAGUUUCUAACAAAUCGGAUAUCAGAACGUGGAAUAAUUCUCGCGGUGAAGGAAAACUUUUCUCAAUGGAUUUGGUCGAUGAAAGUGGAGAAAUUAGAUGCACAGCUUUUAAAAAUGAAUGUGAUAAGUUUCAUUCAAUGAUCGAGAUUGGAAAAAUCUAUUAUAUUUCUCGUUGCACUUUGAAACCGGCAAAUAAGCAAUUCAAUAAUUUGAAAAAUGAUUACGAAAUGACAUUAACUGCUGAUUCAGAAGUGAUUCCUUGUCAUGAGGAAGCCGACAUUCCAAUGAUUAAUUUCAAUUUUAUUCCAAUAUCGUCAAUCGAGCAGAGAAAUAAGGAUGAGAUAAUAGAUAUUUUGGGUAUUGUAAAAAUGUCGGGAGAACUUCAAGAAUUGACGGCAAGACAGACUGGCAGACAAUUGAAGAAAAGAGAUCUCACAGUUGUUGAUGAAAGUAAUGCAGCUAUCAGUUUAACUUUGUGGGGAACUCAAGCAGAGCAAUUCGAUAGUUCAAAUGCGCCAACAAUAGCAAUUAAAGGUGCACGUAUUGGAGAAUUUAAUGGGGCGAAAAAUAUUUCGACUCUCAGUUCGACUGUUUUGCAAAUUGAUCCUGACAUCGAGGAAGCACACAAAUUGCGAGGUUGGUACAAUUCAGGUGGAAAGGAUCAGGAAGUGAAGCAAAUUUCAAGAUCUGCUGGUGGCGAUAUGAAUGCACCAUGGAUAACGAUUCAGGAUUCAAAAGAUUCGCAAUUUGGUUAUCCUGGACAACCGAAUACGUAUUUGGUUAAAGCGUGUAUUUCAGCUGUUAAAGGCAGCAAUUCAAUCUAUAAAGCAUGUCCCAAUGAGGGCUGCAAGAAAAAGGUUGUUGAUCAGGAUAACGGAAUGUAUCAUUGUGAAAAAUGUCAAACAGAAUAUCCAAACUUUAAAUAUCGUUUAUUGGCAAAUGCAAAUUUGGUAGAUUCCACAAGUAAUCAAUGGGCAACUGCAUUUAAUGAAGAAAGUGAAAAAAUGUUGAGUUGCACUGCUCAAGAAUUGGGUGAAUUAAAGGACCACGAUUCCAAUGAAUUUCAAAGAAAAAUGAAUGAAUGCACUUAUAGAAACUUCUUAUUCAAAAUUCGAGUCAAACAGGAAACAUACAUGGAUGAAACCAGAUUGAAAGCUGUGAUAAUGGGCAUUUCUCCCCUUGAUCAUAAGGUUUAUGCAACACAUUUGUUAAAAAAAUUGAAAGAAUUCACUGGUAUUGGAAAAGCAUAAGAACCAUUUUUUUUGCCGACUGAACUUUUGUAAUUAUUUAAAUGUUUGAGUUAAAUUUACGUUCCUUGAUUUUUAUUUAAAUAUUAUUAUUAUUAUUAUAUCAACGAAAAGCGAACUACGAGUCAAUCAACUUUAAAAUUUUACAUUUUUUAAAUUCUCAGGAUAGGUAGUAUAAUAAUUUUGAAAUUGUUUUGUUUGUAAUUAAUUUAAAAUAAAAUUUAUAUUAUGUAACAGUU